UUCAGAUUAGUCGCAUUAUCAGUGGUUGAAGCGCCCUCAUAAAAGGGAAUCACCGGAACAUUGGACAGGUGCAGUACGGAACGGUACGUCUUAGCAGGAGCCAAUUCGAGACAGUUAAACACUAUCAGCAUGAAAGUUGUGCUAUGCGCAGUGUUGCUUUUGGUGGGUUCAGUGCUAGCUGACGAUCGCUGUCCACCGCAUGACGAUCCAGAGCUUCCGCCCGUGCUGAUGCCACAUCCCACCGAUUGUGAUAAGUUCCUGAUCUGCAGCCAUGGCGUCGCCGUUGUUAGCAAGUGUCCGCCCGGGUUGCAUUGGAAUGACUCCCGGAAGCUGUGUGACUAUCCAUACGAGGCACAAUGUGUACCGUCUGUUCGUCAUUCGAUUGAAAUGUGUCCAGCACCACUCAUCCACUUCAGAUUAUCCGUUGUUAUCAUCGCACCGAAGCAUCGCAAUAAAAGGGACAGGCUGCACUGGCCAGUGAGUGCAGUACAGAGUGAAACGCCUUUGCCAGUACAAUCUAACCGAAAUAAAAUGAAAGUUUCUGCCAGUUUGGUACUACUGUUGGCAGCUGCCGUGCUUGCCGACGAUCGCUGCCCACCGCAGGACGAUCCGGAGCAACCGCCCGUCCUGCUAGCGCAUCCCACCGAUUGUGACAAGUUCCUGAUCUGUAACCAUGGAACGACCGUCGUUAGCAAGUGUCCACCUGGGUUGCUGUGGAAUGACUCCCAGAAGCAGUGUGACUACCCUUCGCAGGCACAGUGCGCACCGGGUGUGACGCCCAACACUGAACCCGCUCCCAAACCGUCACCCAACUGUCCGCCCGAAUACGAUCCCGAUCAUAUGGUGUACAUUCCGCACGAAACUGACUGUGGGAAGUAUUAUAUCUGCGAUCCGUACGGUGUUGAGCUGGAGCAGACGUGCCCUUCCGGGUUGCACUGGAAUCCGGUGGUCAACUAUUGCGAUUUCCCAGAGUUGGCGCACUGUGAAGAGUGAAGUAUCGCUUAAAGUGCUCGAGCUGUUCGCCAAUCGACAUCGCCAAGAUGUGCCUGAAGUGUGUCACUGUGGUUAAGUAGUUGUAAGAAAAAUCCCCUUCUCAACAAGGGGUGAGGGUUUCUUUUCAUAUCGAUAUCAGGCACUUGAGACGUAGUCGAAGACAUGAUCGGUCACGCUGGCAUGCUUCAGGGUGGAAAGAUUAGUCAAAGCAAGUGUAAUAAAAGUAGGUACAUAGUGAUGUCAGAAUAGAUUGCAUCGCUGUUCUGUGAUAAUCACUACUAAAAAUAAUUGAAAUAGUGCGCCUAAAGUUAUACUUUCUUCGAAGUAUGUCCUAAUCAAAGGUAUAAAUUAAAGGGAAAAUUUAAUUUUAUUGUA